AUGUUCGAGAAAAAGUUCAACAUUGAAGUACAAACUUUACAGCCUUUACGUGAGUUUCUUGCACAACUGAAAGAAGAAGGUAGUCAGCCACAACUUAUAGACUUUCAUUAUGAAUUUAAUGAAAAUGAAGAUGGAACUCAUGACUGUCAAUUCAUUGUAUUCUCGCCAUUCAAUGAAGUAGCUAAAAAGAAAAAAAAUCCAUUACGUAUAAGAUUUCAAAUCUCUGAACCAAGUGAUGAUUUCAAGAAUGUUUUCAAUUAUGAUGCAAUGCUUCCGAGGAAAAAUGAAUUUUCAAAGAUUGUAACACCUGGCAUUUGGGAUAGAAAGCAAGCUAUAUUAUAUUCAAACUUAAGUAAGGGAGUUGAAAAUGAGUUCAUUGGUCAUACAAGAACUUCACCACUUCCUAACCCUAAAUACUAUAAAUUAACUGGCUUCAAUCGUGAGUUUUGGAUAGACAUGUUCUCCACUCAUGACCAUAACUGCCCAGUGUUCUUACCUCCAGACCAUAAGGACUGUCUCUACAUUGAAGCACAACUCUUAAACUCUACCAUCGCAGUAUUGUAA